UCACCCUUCUUUCUCGCCCUUCACCAGUUAUACCCGCCCAUUCUCCUCUUAUUUUCUCGUAGUUUCAGAUUUCACCAACCGCUUCGCACCGCACGAUGACAGCGUCGCAUUCGUCGCCUCAUGGCCCCCAUAAGAGCGUAGCUAGAAUAGCGCGACAGCUUGUACCCGGUACGAAUCGGCGUCACACUUCAUGUCGUAAGCUUUGUGCAAGUAGUAGAAGUGGGAGUGCAGGCGGCGCCAAUCCCCCCGCCAUCCUCCUCGCGUGCCUCUUCCUCGCCCUCUCCCAUGCGCGCGGCGCUGCCCCGCCGUCGCGCGGAGGGCGCGCGCACAGGGCGGAGCGCAGGCUCCAGGGGGAGGAGCACACCAUGUCACUGUACCGGGCGUGGGAGAGCGCGUACGGGCUGUCGUCCCCCGCCCUGCUGCCGCCGUCGCCUCUCGCGCUGCCCGCGCACGUGCCAGCGGCGCCGCACCUGGAGGAUUGCGCGGCGGGCGUGGCGCGCAGGGAGCGCGCGGAGGCGCGAGAGGCGGAGAAAGCAGCACCUUGGAGUGGCGCGGACGGGUGCGAGGCGCGACCCGCAUGGGUGCGGGGUCCUGACAGCAGCAGUGUGCCCAUGACUCGGCGCGCGCAGAGGGACAUCUGGCAGCACCAGUUCCCGCCCGGCCCCUGCCACUCGCAACACCUGCUGCUCGUCGACUGGCGCCGCCUGCGCUCCUCUCUCCCCCCACCUGCUGCUGCCGCUACACCGCUAGCUGCCUCCCCUAGUGCUCCCGCGCCUGCUCCCUCCGCCGGGGCAACAGGAGCAGCAGGGGCGGCAGCAGAAACGGGUGGUAGUGCCGGUGGCGGUGGUGAGGGUGGUGAUGCAUGGGAUGCGGGAGGGGGGGGCGAGGGGGCGUGGAAGGAGGUCACGGCGGGGCGGGUGCAGGGCAUGGCGGCGCUGCUGGGCGUGGCCAUGGCACACAACCGCGUGCUCGUGCCCAUGCCGGGCUCCUUCGCCCCGGCUGCCAACGCCACGGCAUGCGCAGCCAUGCGCCAGGACGCGGACUGGGCGUGUUUCUUCGCGCCCAUCACCUCUGCGGCAUGCUCCGCCUCAGCGGCUGCACGCGUGCCCGCCACAUGCCGGGGCGAGGGGGCGAGCAGCAGCAGUGGAGGCAACGGGGGCGGCGAGGACGUGGAGGGGGCGGCGAGAGGGGCGGAUGACGUGGUGUGCGUGGGGGAGGGUGUCGAUGCCGAUGCACUGCUGCAACACGUGGACGUCAGCCGAUGGGGCAGCCCUCACAAGGAGGGCGGGUAUUCACUGCUGGAGAAUGGUGCAGCGACUGCAGCAAGCGACACACAGCUCAAGGCCCACUGGUGGCGGGCGCAGGCAGUGCGUUUCCUGCUGCGGUGGCCGUCCCUGCACCUGUGCCACAUUGCCAACACUCAGCGCCAUGCGGCGUACGGAAUGCAUGCCGCCUCCCACCUCGCAUCCUUCACCGUCGACCAGGCCAACCUGCUGCGCUCCGUCUCUGCUAAAGCCACUGCUGCUGCUGCUGCCACCGCAGGGUCAGUGGACCCUGCACAGGGACACUUUAAUAUGAGUCACGAGGUGGAGGAGAUGCGGCUUGUGAUGGAAUACAACGGCCCAGAUUUGAGCAGUGAGGUGUGGCCAGCAGCAGAUCAGCACAUGCCACUGAGCAACAACUCUUGUGCGGUUGCUGCUGCUGCUGCUGCCGCUGCCGCUGCCGCUGCCGCUGCUGCUGCGGCUAACAAUACCACUGCCGCUGCUCCCUCUGCUGUGGAUUCGUCGUUGAAUGCAGUAGUGGGCGAAGCAGAGGAGAAGGAUUUGCUGCAGCUCGCAGCAGAGCCGUACAUGGUUCGACCAAUCACAGGCGUCCACAUGUCCAGCGCCUCGUUGGGCCUAUUGGACGGCAGCAGUGCAGGAGGAGGAGGAGGAGCAGCAGCAGCAGCAGCAUGGGUGGAGUGGGUGGCAGCAGCGAGUGGAGUGUUCAUGUUCCAUGUGAACCGAAUGAGACUCUACUCCCUUGACAUGCACCAUGUGUGGAUGGACACCGAUGCACAGCCCCUUCAAGACGCGGUUGUCAAAUUCACGGACUUCACAGUCAUGCACUCCCGAGAGCACCAGCAGUCUGCAGCACCCGGUGGUGGCGGACAAGGGGAGUUCAUAGCAGCUCACCACAUGGCCCAUCUCAUCAUGUCGACACAGUGUGACCGGUUUGUUGGCUCGCUCACAUCUCGUUGGACCCAGCUCAUACACGACCUCAGAUGCACCAAUAGCCGCGCAUAUGCACGGGACGUUGCCGUCUCUUUGGAUUGAUGUUUGGUGUGAAAGUGAGUGCUGGAAGGUGUCUCCUUUCGAUGUGAUAUGUGAUCUCCUUUUGUAUGAAAUUUUUUAUAUUUGCGCAACUUGAUCUCUAUGUAUUUGCAUGGGAAAAUACAUCGGCGCUCAGUAU